AUUAUUUUUUAUAUGAACAUGACAAGUUAUAUAUGAAAAGUGGUCCUCAUCAAUUUCAUUUCAUUGCUUUGAUUCCUUCCCCCACUCCUUAUCCUACACUCAUCUCUCUGGUGUUUCUUCUUCUUCCAAUAAUGCAAACAGGCUAUUCAGCAUAAGCUUGGGAAUCUAUCAGGGUCAGUUUGAACAUUGCUAGGCAAUCUUACCAUGGCAGGGACUGGUACUUGGAGCAGGGAAGUAGAGAAGGCUUUCGAAAACGCGAUAGCUAUGCAUUGGACAGAGGAGGGGUCUGAAGAGCAAUGGGAGAAGAUUGCUUCAAUGGUUCCUAGUAAAAGUCUUGAGGAAUUGAAGCAACACUAUCAACUGCUGGUGGAGGAUGUUAGUGCAAUAGAGGCUGGUCAGGUUCCACUUCCUAGUUAUACAGGAGACGAAGCUACAUCUUCUGCAGCAAAGGAUUUUCAUGGAUCUGCCGGAGCUGCUGCUGCUGCUGCUCCGGAUAAGAGAUCGAGUUCUGGUUAUGGGAAUGGAUUUUCGGGGUUAAGCCAUGAUUCCUGUGGACAUGGUGGGAAAGGAAGUUCGAGGUCGGACCAAGAAAGGAGGAAAGGUAUUCCAUGGACAGAAGAAGAGCAUAGGUUAUUUCUACUGGGUUUAGACAAGUUUGGCAAAGGAGAUUGGAGAAGCAUUUCAAGAAACUUCGUGAUAUCAAGAACUCCGACACAGGUGGCUAGCCAUGCACAGAAGUACUUCAUCCGCUUGAAUUCCAUGAACAGAGACCGGCGGAGAUCCAGCAUCCAUGACAUCACCAGCGUUAACAAUGGGGAUACGUCUCAUCAGGCCCCUAUCACCGGCCAACAGGCUAACACAAACUCACCAGCUGCAGCAGCAGCCAUGGGGCCGUCGGUGAAGCACAGGGCUCAGCCGCAUAUGCCUGGUUUAGGCAUGUACGGAGCACCUGUCGGGCGUCCGGUGGCUGCUCCAGGGCAUAUGGCGUCCGCUGUGGGAACUCCCGUUAUGCUUCCUCCCGGUCAUCACCACCACCCUCCUCCCUAUAUCGUCCCUGUUGCUUACCCGAUGGCACCGCCACCGAUGCAUCAAUAAAUUCAACCAUGAACGGCAACAAAAACUGAAUUCUGCCUUGCUUUGAACUAGGAAUAUGCCGAUGCAUCAUUCCUUACGCCAUUUUUAUCCAUCAAGCAGAUAGAUCAGUGCAGAAGAACUCUUCUCUUUUUGGGUUUCGGCCAUUAUAAAUUCAUAUGUACUCUGUACAAUUACUAA